UCUCACAAACUUCCAAACAUAGAGAAUGAAUGGAAAGUGAGAAUUCUUAUAAGGUUUAUUAUUCUCCUUAUUAUAUAUACAUAUUUAUUCACACAAAAAAACCCUUAUCUGUCCGUUAAUGGGUGGUGUUAAUCUUCCCUUUCUUGACUCUUCUUCUUCUUCAAUAUGCUCACACAGAUUGAUGACAACCUUAUAAUCGAUGGCCGCGAUCAUCAUCAAGAAUAAUAAUAGUAGGCGAUUGGGGGUUGUUCCGGGUUGUCGGGUAUGACCAUGGUUCCUGAACAAACCCUCUCCGAACAUCAUCAACUAUACUGUGGCGGUUAUGGUGGCAGUUACACGGAAGAAGAGUAUUAUGAAACGGCGGCUGGCUUAUUAGGAGGAUCCGAUCUAGUGGACUUAUCGGCGGCUCAUAAUCCAAUGGCGGAAGAUGAAUCAAGAACAACAACAACAACGAAUACUACUAGUGCUAGUCUUAACAACAACAACAACGAAGCCGCGGCUUCAAGCUCUAAAGACGUCGGAGGAGGAGCCGAAGACGACGCCAGCUGGCUCCAGCUCAGCAUAGGCGCCUCGCCCAAAACUAACACUCGGAGAGGCGGCGUAGGUUUAGUAGAGCUUGAUCUGUUACCUCCCUCCGGUAGCGGCGAGGGCGAAAGAGUCAUUUCACAAGAGAAUACAAGAGUACCGGUAGCAGCAACACCGUUAGCACCAAUUUUUCACUUGCCUCAGCCGCUGCCGCGGCAGGUCCCUCCUUUUUUGUUUCAGGCCGCGGCAGGGAGUGGUUCGAGUACGGUCGUUCCUCCUCCUCCUCCUCCUUAUCAUCAAGAGAUUAAUUGGGCACUUAGGCCGACUGUGCUGAAUAUGGGGACGAAUAAUUCAUCGUCUUCAUCAACUUCGUCGUCUAAUUACCUGCCCACGUUCAUGCAAUUGGGUUCGUAUUUUGCUCGAUCACCAUUUCAAUUGCAGAGUGGUGGUGUUAAUGUUGCUGGACCAAGUUCGGAUUUUAGAGCUAUUGAUCCUCCCAGGAGACCCCAUUCCGGCAUUUGGUUUUCACUUCAAGCAUCACAAAACCAAGCUAAAGAACCCUUCUUGCCUCAAAUACCAAAGAGCUAUCUAAGAAUCAGGGAUGGGAGGAUGACAGUUCGUUUACUAAUGAAGUAUCUGGUUAACAAGCUGAGACUGGAUAGCGAAUCAGAGGUAGAGAUAACAUGUAGAGGACAACAACUUCUACCUUUCUUGACGCUUCAGCAUGUAAGAGAUAAUAUAUGGAAUCCAAGAGAUGCACUCACUUUGCUUUCAGAUUCAUCAACUACGGAUCAUCUGAUGGUGCUACAGUAUGGUAGGAUUGCUUAAUUUAUUCCAAAAAGAAAAAAAACUUAAUCCCCAAUAAUUUAAUUUUCUUCUCAUUAAUUAAUUUACUUGUAUUAUUAUUA